UGGGUGUACGACAAGAUAGACGGAACUGCUCCAAGCAUUAUGUCGACCGGUCAGCAAAUGUUGAUUCGAGUCCGACCGAAUCUUUAUAACACGAAAUCAGUACUGGAUUUUCAAGCAAUGGCCACAGAUCUGCAGCCAGAUAAUCAAUGCCCACAGCUAGUGUAUACUGCGGCUACGGCUGGACAGCAAGUAACCAUUCAGCUUACGGGAUCGAACUGCAUUCACGUAUAUCACGCGACAAGUGAUUAUGGACCAUCGAAUGGGAUUACUGUCGAUUUGGGAACAUUUACCACCACUUUGACGAUGUCUCCCGAUGAUACUGGAAUAAUUAUGUCAGAAGACUAUCUCCCAGAGUAUCCAAUAUCUGCUUUCGAACAACAGUUUUCAAUUGAACUGAUCGGAGAUAGCACCCAUAUGACAGGUAUACGGAUUGAGUUCCUCAAACCAUUGGGACAGGGUCAUGGAACACUUCAAAUGCAGCAAUACAAUAAAUUACUGAAGGAGAUUCCAUAUCCGGCAGCCGACGGAACAACAACUUUUGAGCAGUGCGGAACAAAAAUGAUCAUCAGUUAUGUAUCUCCUGGAGGAUCAUCAAAUGGACUAUACGCACGAUAUAGUCGAGGUAAUGCAGGUAGUGUAGGCAAGCAGCAUUGA